UUUCUGAUGAGCAAAAAAGAGAGAGGUUGUCAGCUAUGAUGACGACAUUUUUAAAAGAAUGCAACGUGAAGGAAGAGCUUGCAUUCCUACCAUUGCAACAGCUUUAUGCAGAAGCUGAAACCAAGGAAAGAAGAAAAAUUAAAGUAGAAAAGUUUCUGCAUCAUGUUUUUGCACAGGUUUAUUCCAAAGAUGAUAACAAGCAGAAGCAAACAAACAAUGCAGACUUGAAGAAUAUAUUUGACUUGGAAAUGUCGAGAGAAGAAUUUGCAGAGGCCAUGGUACUGAAGCCAGAUUCCAUGUUUGUGGAUCAAAUGUUCAAUAUGGUGGACAAAGAUGGAAAUGGCUACAUUUCUUUCAGAGAGUUUUUAGAUGUCUUGGUUCUGCUGUCUAAAGGUUCUGAAGAUGACAAGAUGCGUCUAAUGUUUGACAUGUAUGACCUGGAUGGGGGCGGUACCAUGGACAGAGGAGAAUUCACAGCAUUGCUCAGGUAAGUAUUGGUACUGUCAUUGAUAUGUAUGACCUGGAUGGGGGCGGUACCAUGGACAGAGGAGAAUUCACAGCAUUGCUCAGGUAAGUAUUGGUACUGUCAUUGAUAUGUAUGACCUGGAUGGGGGCGGUACCAUGGACAGAGGAGAAUUUACAGCAUUGCUCAGGUAAGUAUUGGUACUGUCAUUGAUAUGUAUGACCUGGAUGGGGGCGGUACCAUGGACAGAGGAGAAUUUACAGCAUUGCUCAGGUAAGUAUUGGUACUGUCAUUGAUAUGUAUGACCUGGAUGGGGGCGGUACCAUGGACAGAGGAGAAUUUACAGCAUUGCUCAGGUAAGUAUUGGUACUGUCAUUGAUAUGUAUGACCUGGAUGGGGGCGGUACCAUGGACAGAGGAGAAUUUACAGCAUUGCUCAGGUAAGUAUUGGUACUGUCAUUGAUAUGUAUGACCUGGAUGGGGGCGGUACCAUGGACAGAGGAGAAUUUACAGCAUUGCUCAGGUAAGUAUUGGUACUGUCAUUGAUAUGUAUGACCUGGAUGGGGGCGGUACCAUGGACAGAGGAGAAUUUACAGCAUUGCUCAGGUAAGUAUUGGUACUGUCAUUGAUAUGUAUGACCUGGAUGGGGGCGGUACCAUGGACAGAGGAGAAUUUACAGCAUUGCUCAGGUAAGUAUUGGUACUGUCAUUGAUAUGUAUGACCUGGAUGGGGGCGGUACCAUGGACAGAGGAGAAUUUACAGCAUUGCUCAGGUAAGUAUUGGUACUGUCAUUGAUAUGUAUGACCUGGAUGGGGGCGGUACCAUGGACAGAGGAGAAUUUACAGCAUUGCUCAGGUAAGUAUUGGUACUGUCAUUGAUAUGUAUGACCUGGAUGGGGGCGGUACCAUGGACAGAGGAGAAUUUACAGCAUUGCUCAGGUCUAUGAUUGAGAUGACAGAUAGCAGUUUAAGUGAGGAAGAGAUGAAUGUCUUGCUAGAAGGAAUGUUUGCUGCUGGAGGGUUUGAAAACAAAGAGGAGCUGACAUUUGAAGACUUCAAAACAAUGCUUACUCAGGAAAAAGAUGUUGUCAACCUGUCUGGAGGCCAGCUGAAAUCUGAAAUUGCCAAGAAGGAAGCAGCAUCAAGACCAGCAUCUGCUGUCAGUAGACCUAGGUCUGCAGAAAAGCUGAAGGUUGAGACAGACACUGCAAAAGCACCCACAGGAGUCAAGAAACAUUUUAUAACCUUUCAGAAAUUUGUGGAGAAUAAUUUCCUUCACAUCUUCUAUUUGGCUUUGUUUUUCCUCAUCACCAUUGCAAUUUUUGUGGAAAGAUCUUACUACUAUGCUGUGUUAAACGAGGCCAAAGGUCUGCGCAGGAUGGCAGGGUAUGGGAUCAGUGUCACGCGGGGUGCUGCAUCCUCAAUGUCCUUUACUUUCUCUGUGGUUCUGCUGACUAUGUGCAAGAACACCAUGAACUUGCUGAGAACCACUUGGGUCAAUAACUAUGUGCCCUUUGAUGCUGCUUUUGGCUUUCACAAGGUUUCUGCAUACACAUCCACAUUUAUAGCUUUGGGACAUACCAUUGGCCACUGUAUCAAUUUCUACCACCUGUCAACUCAACCUCCUGACUUUGUGGGCUGUGUGUUCUCCAAUACCAUCUGGUUCAGGUCGGACUACCUGCCAACAUUUGGGUUCUACCUGUUCCAGACAGUCACAGGACUCACUGGGGUGGUCCUGGUGGUCCUCCUGACCCUGAUGAUAGUGUUUGCCACCCCCUGGGCCAGGAAAAAGGUGUACACUGCGUUCUGGACUGUCCACAACCUCUAUGUGCUGCUGUACGCUCUCAUCAUACUACACGGCAGUGCAGUGCUGGUUCAGGAUCCUUGGUUCUAUUACUUCUAUCUUGGCCCUAUGUUGUUGUUUGCAUUGGACAAGUUGGUCAGUAUCAGCAACAAGAGUGUUCCUGUCACUGUGCUGAAGGCAGAGCACCUACCUUCUAAUGUGACACAUAUCACCCUGAGGAAGCCCCGAACCUUUAAGAACAAGUCUGGCCAGUGGGCACGCAUCGCCAUUGUUGGCCAUGGAGACAACGAGUACCACCCAUUCACCAUCACCGCAGCUGAGCACGAAGAUGUGAUCGCAUUCCAUAUCAGAGCUGUUGGACCAUGGACCACCCAGCUUAGGCAGUUAAUGGACCCAGAGAGACUGAGAGAGGGACCAUAUCCAAAGAUGUACAUUGAUGGUCCAUUUGGGGGAGUGUCUGAAGAUUGGUCCAAGUACGAAGUAGCCAUUUUAGUGGGCGGGGGUAUUGGAGUGACCCCCUUUGCUGCCAUAUUGAAACAUGUGUCCUAUCUCGCUUCUAUAAAGGCCAAAAUCAACUGCAAGAAGAUCUAUUUCUUUUGGGUAACCCAAAACCAGCGUCAGUUUGAGUGGAUGAUAGAUAUCAUUCGUGAAGUGGAAGAAAGUGACUUUGAUGACUUGGUGACAGUCAACGUGUUUGUCACUCAAUUUUUUGGAAAGUUCGACUUGAGAACUGUGAUGAUGUUUCUGUGUGAGAAACACUUUGUGAGCAUCUCAGAGAGAAGUCUGUUCACAGGGCUCAAAGCACCCACAAACUUUGGACGACCAGAUUUUCAGAAAGUGAUCAGAGAUAUCUCCUUACAAUGGCCCAAGGUCCAUAAAUUUGGUGUAUUUGCUUGUGGUCCUCCUGCCUUGACUAACAGUGUGUCCGCAGCUUGCUCCCAUGUCAACAAGACUUCUUCAGCCUCCUUUUCUUUCUAUGAAGAAAAUUUUUAGGAUACUGAAGCAGAAAGAUGUCAAUUAUUCAAUACAUCAUGUAUGUCUUGGAUGCUUGGGUAGAAUAGAAGAGUGCAAAAGUGAUCUAGAUUUAUGAGAAAAUGAACAUUUUAAUGUUUUACUGGCCAGUAACCUGUUUAUAUCAUCCCUCCAAAAAAGGUUAUGUAUUGCUUACUCGGAUAUUUUAUUUGGCACUAUUUUUCUUCCUGUAUAUCAGUAUAUUGAUUACUGUGUGAUAUUCUAUGAUAUUCAAUUAGAUACAUUAUGUAUGCUUGAGCAAAAGUGAUAUUAAAAGAAUGCAAAUGAUCUGGAUCUACAAAAAAAUAAACAUUUAAACUUUCUGGGCAGUAACUGUUAUAUUAUCCAAGAAAAGGAUGUGUAUUAUUCUCCAACAUUUUAUUUGAAAAUAUUUUUCUUUAAUAUCAAUGAUUCCAUUAUUGUACAAUUUAUUUGACAGUUUAUUUUAAUAUAAUAUACCAUUUGUUAAUGUGAUGAAUUAAACCAUCCAAGCACACUGGAAUCGUGUUUAAAAUGUGUUGUUUUGCACAUUUGAGACAAAUGUGAAAACUUGUGAUAUUUAUAUGGAUAUAGUUGUAAUAUUGUUUUGCUGUAAUAAAAAGUCUUUAUUUUAUCCAUUUUAUUUUAGAAGUACAAUUAAUUUUACAGGCUCUGUGCAUUUACUUAUCAAAUAAGUUUUUUUAAUGCCUGAAUGGGCACAUCACUGGAUACCAGAUACAUGUAGGCCUUUAGUUGAAAAUUGUUAAACAUUUUGACAAUUUUUUCCAUUUUUAACUGGACAUCA